AUGAAGUACUCCUUCGCCCUCGCCUCCCUCAUCGCCGUCGCCGCCGCCCAGUCCGGCUCGAGCCCCAUCCCCGAGUGCGCUCAGAAGUGCUUGGCCGAUGCCACCGCCUCGGCCACCUCUUGCAAGGCAGGCGACUACGCCUGCACCUGCGAGCCCGCCAACAAGGCCGCCAUCUCGUCCGCCGCCACCAGCUGCGUGAUCGCAGCCUGCGGCGUUGACACGGCCCUGAACCAGGUUCUCCCUGCCUCCGACAAGCUUUGCGCCGACGCUGCCGCCGGUGGCGGUGCUGCUGCUAGCUCUGCUCCGGCCGCCGCAUCAUCCGCUGCCGCCGCCACCUCUGCCGCUGCCUCCUCUGCCGCUGCUUCUUCUGCCGCUGCCUCUUCUGCCGCCGCCUCCUCGGCUGUCGCCGCCACAACCAGCCACGCUGCCGCUACUCCUACUGCCAGUGCCAAUGCCACUGCGCCCACCACUCCCGUCCAGGCCGGCGCCGCUGGCAUUGCUCCUGUCGGAGGUUUGGCCAUGCUCAUCCUCGGUGCUCUUGCCAUCUAA